AUGGCCACCCCAACCCCUGCAACGCUUCCGCCGGGAUACGUAUUCAACGACGCCCCACCACCACUCGAGAAAUACCUUCAGUUGCGCGUACUCAACGGUCUUUCCCCCAAGACACCCGAGCAAGGCCGUGGUGCUCUAUCAGGCAGCUGGGCCUGGUCUACCAUCAUCUAUGCCCCAACUCCUACGGCCGAUACCUCAUCAUCUCCGCCAGAGGUCGUAGGCAUGAUUCGCGCGAUAGGCGAUGGCGGCUGGUACUUCCUCAUAUCCGAUAUGUGCGUGCAGACCACGCACCGCCGCAAAGGCCUCGGCGAAGCCCUUCUGCGUCGGAUGCUCGACAAGAUCACGUCCAGUGUGCCAAAGGGGCCGUUAAUCUCGCUGCUGGCGGACCCGCCGGGGAGGGCGUUGUACAAGAAGCUAGGCUUCGUGGAGAGCGCGCCGAGGUGUGAAGGCAUGUGGUUGAUACCAGGCGAGACGAAUGCGACGAGCGCAUAG